AUGAACAUCGAACAUGGUCUUAAUUGUUUUCGUAUCACAUUUUUUAAUAUUGAUUCAUACAUAACAAAACCUGAUCUUAUAUUAGAUGAAACAUAUUCCAGUUAUCGUAAGCGUAAUAUUAAUCUGGCUACCGUUGUUCGGGUGUUUGGUACAACCGAUGAUGGAAUAUCCACUUGUGUUCAUAUUCAUCAACAUUUUCCUCAUCUUUCAAUUCGUCGUAAUGAUCUGAUCGAAUGUUAUCAUCCCAAUGCAUCGGAAAAAGAUGAUACAGCUAUCAUUGAUUUAUUUAUCAAAGAUUUAGAGAAUUCAUUAAGUCAAUUUGUAGAUUCUCGAUCAAAAGAUGAAAUACAAAUUAUCAAUGUUGAAACUUUUGAUUCGUUUUCAUUCUAUGGAUAUCAUGAAAAGCCGGAAACAUUUUAUCGAAUUUAUUUCACUACCUAUUGGAUGGCUAAUCAAGCGAAAAAUUCUCUUGAAUCUGGUGUAAUUAAUAGCUAUAAAUUUGUUUGUUAUGAUUUUCUUGAAUUUCUUCUUCAAUUCUAUAUCGAUCGAAGUAUCUAUCUGAAUACGUUAACAUUUAAACAGAUUACUUUUCGUAAACAUCGAUAUCCGAAUGUCUAUGAAGAUAUUGAUCGUAUUCGUGAUCGACAAUUCAAUACGGUUUCCAAGAUUUUAUUCUAUAAUGAUCUAAACAUAUCAACUACAUGUCAAUUUGAAUGUGAUGCAUUGGCUGAAGAUAUUAUGAUUGUUGAACGUAAUCCAUUGUUUCCAUCAAAUGAACUAUUCAAUCCAUCGAUGCCAGGUAUUAUUAGCCUAUGGAACCGACAAUUUCAACGAUCAUCAGAAGAAGAAUUUCAAUCACUGUUGAAUGUAUUGCAAAGUAGAAAUUCAAUUCAAUAUAGUAGUCAUCAAUUUCAAUUGAAAAGACAUCAUAUAUUCGAUAUAAAUACAAAUAUUCCACAAUUGGAUGGUCAUGUUGAUUCUGAAGAUGAUAGCCAAUCAUUAUUAUGCCAAUUUAAUGGUAAACAAAUUCAUUUGGAUCGAACAAAAUUUCAUAAAGGCAUUGUGCUGGCAUCACGUUUAAAUCCACGAUCAAAUAAUUUUACAAAAUCGAAAUCGAUUGAUGAUAUUUUAAGAAAUAUUCCAUUCACAAUCGAACGUUCAGAUUUGAUCAUUUCAAAUGUUAUGACCAAAUGGAAAAUGUUCGAAUCGAUUGAAAGAAAAAUCAAUACAUUCAAUCGAACUUUAGAUUAUCUGGAAAAAUUACCAUCACGUUUGAAAAAUUUUCAGCCAUCCAAUUCAUUGCAAUACUUUAUUCAAUUUGAAUCGACAAGUAAUCCAUUAAAAUUACGUUUUAGAAACGAUUGCAGUACACCAUUAAUCGUGUGUAGUCCUCAGGUUCAAAAACGAAGGAAUCCAUUCGAAAAGAAACCAUCCAUUCAGAAUAUUCAUUUGGAUAAUUUUAUUGAAGAAAAUAAUCUGAAAAUGAUGGCUAGUAGUUUGUGUACAACCACAAUAAAUUCAAGUUUAAUGGAUGAUUCGAAUCAAUUUGAAAUGACAAAAAUAAAUGAAUCAUUUCGAUCAAAUCAUAUUGAAUGGAUUCAAUGUUCACAUUUGACAAUAAUGUCUAUGGAAUUACAUGCACGUAUACGUUUAAAUCUAACACCGGAUCCAAAUUAUGACCCAAUACAAAUGAUUAUGUUCACUUUACAUCGAGAAUUACUUGAUGAUUCAUCAUCAGUUAAAAAACCAUACAUGGUUGUCAUAAUUGUGAAUCCGAAUGCUAAAAAUAUGGAAUAUAAUUUAAAAUUAAAAAAUCGAUUACUUAUUAUUGAUUAUGUACCAACUGAAGUGGAUUUAUUUCUUCAUUUUUCACGUUAUGUUCAACAAUCUGAUCCGGAUAUUAUUCUUGGAUAUGUAGUCGAUACUCAAUCCUGGGGUUAUCUCCUACAACGUGCAAUUGUACUUGGUUUUCAAAUUGGUCCAAUGUUUUCACGAGUAAUCAAUACAGUUCAAUCAAAACAUAAUUCUGCUGGUGGCUUAAAUGAAUCACCCGAAUUAGUCGGACGUAUUGUUCUAAAUACAUGGCGUCUAUUACGACAUGAAUUGGCUUUACGAUCAUAUACGUUUGAAAAUGUUUAUCAUCAUCUAUUUCAUGUGAAGAUACCAAAAUUAUCUAAUCAAUUAAUAGGACAGCUAUGGCAAACUGGAUUCAUGACCGGAAACAAUGAAUUAUCACGUCAUUUAAUUCUGGAAUAUUAUCUUCAACGAACUCUUGGUUCAAUGCGUAUAAUGAAUCAUCUGAAUUAUAUACGUCGUGUUUUUGAUCUUUCCUGUGCAUUUGGUAUGCCAUUUUUCGAUGUUAUUGAACGAGGAUCACAAUUUCGUGUCGAAUCAAUGUUGUUACCGUUAUGUAGUCAGGCAAAUUAUCUGCCCAUACGUUUUUCUAAACAUUUUAUUCGUCGUCAACGUGCACCACAAUAUGUACCGUUAAUAUAUGAACCGGAUAUUCGAAUCCAUCUAGAACCUGUUGCUGUACUUGAUUUUCAAUCACUUUAUCCAUCGGUAAUUAUUGCACAUAAUUAUUGUUAUAGCACCUGUUUGGGUCGACUACAAAAUAUAAUCAGCGGUGAUGAUACAUUUGGAUGUUACAAACUUCAAAAUCAAAAGCAAAUAUUUGAUAGAUUAUCGGAUGAUCAGAUUCAUAUAUCAGAAAAUGGAAUUGUAUUUGUUCGAAGAAAUGUUCGACAAGGAAUAUUACCAAAAAUGUUGGAAGAAAUUCUUAACACACGUAUUUUAAUUAAACGAGAAUUGAAAAAUGUUGAUCGAAAAUUAGCCAAUCCUGAAUUAUCUCGAUCAGAACGUAAACGAUUAAAAGCGUUACGUAAUGAAUUAGAUAAUUCACAAUUAGCAAUGAAAUUAAUUUCAAAUGUUACCUAUGGUUAUACAUCGGCCAAUUUUACUGGUCGUAUGCCUUGUAUUGAAAUAGCCGAUUCGAUUGUAUCGAAAGGAAGGCAAACAUUAGAGGAAGUUAUAACAUUCAUCAAUCGAUGGGGCCAAACAAAUGGUUCGAAAGUUAAAGUAAUCUAUGGUGAUACUGAUUCGGUAUUCAUAUCAUUUCCGGGUCAUUCCUUAGCCACAGCAUUUGAAAUAACAAAUUUUUUCCUAACCGAAAUUAAUCGUCGACAACCUUAUCCUAUUUGUUUGAAAUUGGAAAAAAUUUAUCAACCUUGUAUUAUAAUGGCAAAAAAACGUUAUUGUGGCUAUGCAUUCGAUUCGGCUACAGAUCAGGCAAGAUUCGAUUCGAAAGGUAUUGAAACAAUUCGUCGUGAUGGAUGUCCAUUAACAGGCAAAAUAAUGGAACAAUGUAUUCGCAUUUUAUUCGAUUCAAAUGGUAAUGUUGAAUCAUUGAAACCAUAUAUUCAACAUCAAUUUGAUCGAAUCCUAUGUGGUCGCAUUGGUCAAUUAUCGGAUUUUAUUUUUGCACGACAAUUUGCUGGAUUCAAUAAUUAUUGUAAUGGUGAUGUAAUACCGGCUUGCAUUAUUGCUCGAAAACGAAUACAAAUUGAUCCACGUGAUGAACCAAAAUUUAAGGAACGUGUCGGUUUUGUUGUUAUCGAUGAUAAUGAUUCAAAUGAAAAACGCAGAGUUGCCGAUCUAGUUCGACAACCAUUCGAUUUAUUGGCUGAUGAUACACUUCGAUUAAAUGGUGAUUAUUAUAUAAAAAGUGCAAUCAUCGCGCCAAUGAUUCGAGUAUUAGAUUCGAUAUUUCGACAAUCACAGAAAUGUCUUAACAAUUGGUAUGAAGAAUGUCGAAUACGAAAUAAACAAAAUCGACAAAACAUUAUUAUUGGUCAACAAUUAAUGCGACAAUUACAGCAAAAUGAUCAAGAAUUCAAUAUAUUGAUUGAUUUUUGGCAAAAUCAACAACGAUCAAAUUUGAAGAACGAUUAUUCGGAACCAUUGAUUCGAAUAAUGAAUUCAUUUCAAAACGUUCGAUUUAAAUUGAAACGAAUCGAACAAGAAUGUUGUGAUUGUUUACAAUUUGAUUGGAAACUUAUUUUUCAUUCAUCAAAACAUCCUUGCAAAAUGGAUAAUUGUCGAACAUUAUAUCGUUAUCAUCAAUCUAAACGUGAUUUUAAUUAUCUGUGGUUCCUUCAGCAAGCUUUAUUGAUCAAAUCCAAAAUGUCUUGA